ACCAACGGCAAGUUUACGGGCAGAGAUUUAAAAGUUGUGCUUGUUGGAGACGCUAAUGUUGGAAAAACUUCGCUAGUACGACGGUACAUAGACCGAAAAUUCCAAGGAAGUGUCAGUACUAUUGGCGCCUCUUUCUUGCUGAAACAAUGGGGUAACUACAACAUAGCAAUAUGGGACACCGCUGGUGCGGAGAAAUAUUCAGGUUUGAGCUCUUUCUAUUGUCGGGGUGCUGCAGCAGCUGUUCUGACCUUUGACCUAACCCGUUACAAGUCCAUAGAAACAUUAAGGCAGCGCUACAUUCCUUUGUUGGAGGUCAUGGACCAAGUUUCAGUGAAAGUUGUAGCAGGUACGAAAUUGGACCUUAUAGGUAUACCAAGUAUAGGACAGGUAUACCUUCCAAGACAGGUGGCGCCCGAGGAAGGCCAACAGCUAGCAGCUGAAGUUAAUACAAAUCAGACGUGCAGAGAUAUCAUCCCUUACUUCGAAACCUCAAGCAAGACUGGACAAAAUGUGGAUAAUGUUUUCGAAUUUAUUUUUGAGUACUUUUUUCCCGAUAGAGGGCUACGACCUAGGUGUAAUAACAAGCUGGAGGAUUCUAUCGUUCUGAAGAAAAUGUCAAAAAAUUCGUAUAAGCACAAAACUGUAUGCUGUAUGUGAACCUUGGGCCUCAAACGUAAAGUUUGAACAGUGAAAAUUUUGUGGUAAUAGGGGGGGGGGGAAUGAUACAGACAAUUUUUAUGCAAUUUAACCCCAAAAAAGUCACUUAGGACUAUUUGUAUAAAAAACCAACUGUCUGUAUAUAAGAGAGUUGUUUUAGGGCUAACAGAGAAGUUCUUUCUGAUAUUUAUACAAUGUUAUAAAAUACAGUUUUAGAAGUAAGGAAAGGGAUAAACUAUAUAUAUUUAAAAUGUUAAGACGACUGUUUAUUGGAGUAUAUUUUUAAAAUCAAAUGCGUUUAUUUUUAUUCUAUUUACAUAUUCAGGUGCUUUAUGGAUUUUUGCAUUCUUAGUUUAGCAACGGCUGGUUAUUUAGUUUGUAAGUAGUGCAUUUGAAGUGAAUUUAUUGUUGUGUAUUUUAUAUUUGUGGAAUGUCUGACAUAUUGUAGUUGCUUUAAGUUUUAUUGUUGUUAACAUGUUUUGUAUAUAAGACGUGUGUUGUGUAACUGUUUUUAACUUGAGAGAACAAAUUACCUGCGUUAAUAUCAGUCAGAUUAGGCCUAGAGUCACAGUUGACCGCCAUUUUAGUCGAGUUCUUUAAAAUUCGUUGAUCUGUGCAUGAAGUAAGAUAUAAGGAAAAUUUGAAUUGUUGAAACAAAACAAAAUUAUAAUUUUGAAAGUUAUUUAAAUUGUGCGUUUUAUUCUUUUGCUUUCAAGUGAUCCCAAUUAGAUACUAGGUAAGUUUACGAACUUCCAACGCUAAAAUCAGAGGUUCGAUUCCCUGUGAUGGGCAGACCGCAGAUAAUCCAUUGUCUAGCUUUGCGCUAAAAUAAACAAACAAACUUUAGAGAAGUGACCUGUUCAAACAAAGCUGUGACCAGUCACGUCAGAACGAUAGUCACUGUAACAAAAGUAACCACAAAUCUGUGAGAAGGUAGCCAUGGAGACGUAGGAAAUGAAACCAGAGGUUUGUGAGAAGAGAAGCAACAACUAUGUGGAAAAGUUAGCCAUAAAUACUAAAGAAAGAUACAUAUCAAUACAUGAUAAAAACAACAACAUGGAUAAAUUUAAAAUAAAACAAACGCUUUGGAUAAAAUGAAGUGGGUGUGAUAGUCUAGGGUGUGUAAAGAAGUAAUGUUUUAAGAUCCCGGUCAGUCAAUAAAACAAACGCUUUGGAUAAAAUGAAGUGGGUGUGAUAGUCUAGGGUGUGUAAAGAAGUAAUGUUUUAAGAUCCUGGUCAGUCAAUAAAACAAACGCUUUGGAUAAAAUGAAGUGGGUGUGAUAGUCUAGGGUGUGUAAAGAAGUAAUGUUUUAAGAUCCCGGUCAGUCAAUAAAACAAACGCUUUGGAUAAAAUGAAGUG